AUGUGGUUCUACGCAUCCCUUUUCCUCUGCUUCGUCAAUGCCAUCGCAAGUCUUGGUGUUGUUGGAUAUUUACUUGCUCUCAUACGAAGUCCUGAAACUGUCAAACAUCAAUACUUCGUCUACUCAACGGACUCACCAAAUGGGCUGUCGCCAAUGAGCGUCCUGCCUGGGUUGGUGCUAGAGAGAAGUCUUUGGCUUAGUAUCGCCACAUGUGCAUUUGCGGUUAUCGAUGUGCCUGCUAUGGCUAGUCUCUGGCGACGGGUUCAUGCAGAAACCACAGACAACAUGGUGAGAUUCUUCUCGUGGGUUGGCAGACAACGGCUAACGGCCUUGUCCCUCGUCAGUGCCAUCAACCUGAUCAUGGGUAACAUUACAGUUUUAUAUGGGUUUCGCGACGAGCAUCGAUACGUUGAUCUUGACUCGCCCCACGGAUGGCUUUUCAUAAAUGCACCAACUUCUGGUCCUUACCAUCAAUAUAUCAGCUCAGUGGGAUUUACAAUUGAGACUUUCAGCUGCGGUCUUGUUGAAGUAGCUUUAAAUCCCCAGGACAGAUUCGCAAGCCACUUGUGUCGUGUUGCGGUGAGUUGA